CGGGCUGGCACAUGGUAAUGGUAAGCGCCUUUCUCCUCCUCCCCUCUCCUCUUGUUGGAUGUAGUACGACGACCUUUGUCUUCUUUACAUCUACGAGCGUGAAGUUUAUUUGAACACUGGAUUCAGGCACAAAGUUAUUUGCGAGAGGAUAGAGAGAUACCCCAGAGCGCGAUACUGGAUACAAACAAAUAAACGACUGGACUAGGAAAAGCGACACACGAGCGGAUUAGCUAGGAUAUACACAACUACAACUACAACAUCUAAAGCGAAUCAUCAAAAAUGGGUGCUGCUUCAGCGAUUCUGGUGGUUCUUAUCACCCUCCUUUUCCCACCAGCAGGCGUCUUCUGCGUCGCGGGGUGUGGUGCGGAUGUUCUGAUUAACAUCUGCCUCACGCUUCUUGGCUACAUCCCAGGACACAUCCACGCCUUCUACCUCGAAUACGUAUACUACGAGCGUCGCGAGCGGGCUCUCGAAGGCCAAUACGCGGCCCAUCGCGCCCCAGGGGUUUAUAGCGAGCGUGUGCAGACUGGGGGGGGACAGCAGACUUAUGGGACUAUUGCGCCGCCACAGGUAAGACAUUAGGGGAUUCCGCUGCGUGAG